AUUUCGAUGCACCCACCAACGUUCGAGUUGGAGUUCAGCCUUCCAUGCCCAACGUUGAAGUGUCCUGGCUGGCACUAGGAGAUUGCUCUUCGAUACAGUACAUGGUGACGCUUUACGUGACCGGAGUUGUUGUCAAGACAGAGGUAACAGAAAGUUUUAAUGUGGUUUUGCGGAAUGUGGAGAAGUGUAAACCAUCUUCAGUUUCGGUGAAAAAGUACACGGAAUGGUGGUCAGGAGAUGAAUCAGAAAGGAAAGAAUUCCAAAUCGCCGAUC